ACAACGGAGUUAAGUCACAGAUCCUGUUCUUACAACCGGUCAAUCACCGCAUCGGUAAAUUAGUUGCUGGUUGGAUUUGAUUGCUGUGUCUCGCUCGACGUCCGCUUCCGUCUUCCAAGGCGUACGGUAGCUCCUGCAACGAAUCGGAGGCCAAACAGCGGGUUACUAAUCGCGCGAUGGAUCUCCGCAAACGUCAUACCCCGCCCCUCAAAGCGUGUUUAAAUUCUCCCCAUAUUCCCACCACCGCCUUUAGGUGAAUUCGCGAACGAAGUAGUUAUCGACGAAGUAGAAGGGAGUUUCGUCCAAUUGCUGCUGUACGAGGAUUAUACAAAAAAAAAUCCAAGAAGGAAAAAAGAGAAAAGAACGAUGGCACCGAGAGUCCUCUUCGUCCUGUCCUCCCAAAAGGUUCUUGGCGAUACUGGGAGGCCGACGGGGUGGUAUUUGGUAUUUCCUUCUCUCUAUCUCUCUCUUUCUCUGCUGCCUUGAGAAAACGGAUUGAGAACACUGAGUAUCGAGCACUGAUUACAAAAUAGCCCGAGUUUGCUCAUCCAUACCACGUCCUCUCCCCGCAUGUCACCAUCUCCGUCGCCUCACCGGCUGGCGGAGAAGCACCUCUCGACCCAUCCAGCGUGGAAAUGUUCAAGGCCGACGAGAUCGCGGUCAAGUUCCUCAACGAGAAGAGUGAGCUAUGGAAGGACACUAUCAAGCUGGAGGGCUUGAAGGCUGAGGACUACGACGGCAUCUUUUUCGUCGGUGGUCACGGGCGUAUGUUCUCUUCUGCCUUCAAACUAGCAGUGAGCGGUGCAAUAGCGCUAAUCGUGGAUGGGAAUAGCAAUGUUCGACAUCGCCCGCGUGCCCACAGUUAUCUCGCUCAUCAGGGCGUUCGCCGAUGCGGAUAAGCUCGUCGGUGCGGUCUGUCAUGGAUCCGCCGCGCUUCUGGACGUUGAGCUUUCUGGUGGGAAGCUCUUGAUCGACGGUGAGCCGGUGACUGGGUUUUCAAACACGGAAGAGGACGCCACAGGCCUUUCCGGUGCAAUGCCGUUCAUGCUGGAGACGGAGCUGAUGAGGAAUGGGGCAAAGUAUGAGAAGGCGGGUCAGCCCUGGGGAGAGAAGGUAUGUGUCGGUAGGGGAGGGAAGCUCGUUACUGGUCAGAAUCCGGCUAGCGCUGCCGGGGUCGGGGAGAAGAUGAAGGUUGCUUUGGGGGUAUAGGGACAGUGUGCGCUGUAGAGAGUGAGGCAUCGAUCCUGUAAGAGCCCGGGUUUCGUGUACCGUAUCAUAGUCAUUAAAUUUAUUCAAUGGCCUAAGGUGCGUCGUUUACAUUCACGCAACGCCGGCGCCUACAGAAGAGCAGCCAUUGCAGAAGCGGGAACGGGGCCCGGGGCCGCAGAAAACGUCGUCCUCAAGAUCCGUCAUACUUUUCUCGUCUCUCAUCAAGCGAAAACUCACCUCCCAGAAAGCCUCAGGGUUGGACUGGGUGUGCCAGCGAAUCGGAGAUUAUUGGAGGGGAGGGGAGACAUGCUUUUGCUGUGGGAGGGUGAAGUGAUGUGAAGUGAUUAUUAAUUUCGACUGUAUCAUACGAGCACCUUUCUCCUUAGGGGUUUCGG